AUGCCACCCCGGAACAUCAGCAACAAACCGAACGAAACUCCGCUGUCGGUCUUCCUCUUGGGAGGGAAGGACAAAUUUGAAGCCCGAAAGCAGCUCCUAAAGGCCCUUACCACUAACCCCAUCUUCUCGAAGCGCGCGGUUACUGUCCCGUCCCUUUCAAGAAAGGAUGCCUGGGUGAGAGCCGUGCAUCAGGCCCGUGAGCUGAUCGCGCUGAAGCAGAAGGAAAAAUGGAGCCAUGAACAGUUUAGACAAGCUGUGGUCAUGUUGGAUUAUUUCCUGCCUGUGCAGCCACAGUUCAGAAUAUUCCUGUCCAACAUGGAAAGGCAGAUGAGCGAUGAGCAGAAGGCGAUUUGGAUGCCCAAGGCCGAGAGACUUGAGAUAUUCGGCUCCUAUGCGCAGACGGAACUAGGCCAUGGUUCGAAUGUCCGUGGCAUUGAGACUACGGCGACGUUUGACCGCGACGCAGACGAAUUCGUCAUCAAUUCCCCAACCCUGAGCAGCACCAAAUACUGGAUUGGAGCCACCGGUAUCUGGGCGACUCAUUCUCUCGUUGUCGCGCGUUUGAUAAUCCACGCCAAAGACUACGGAAAUCAUCUGUUCCUCAUCCAGUUGCGGGACCUUGAUACUCAGGAGCUGAUGCCGGGCGUGGAAAUCUACGAGCUUGGUCCCAAGGCUUUCCAGGGAAUGGUGGGUGUGGAUAACGGCGCCAUGCAGUUCCACAAUGUCAGAAUUCCCCGGUCUCAGAUGCUGGCGCGGAAUGCGCAGGUGCUAAGGGAUGGAACCUACGUGCCACCCAAAAACACGAAACAUUCAUACGGAUCGAUGGUCACGGUUCGUGCAAUUAUGGUUGAGGCUACAGGUUAUGAGUUGCUUAAAGCUGUUUCGGUAGCGUAUCACUACACCACCUUUAGGAAGCAAUUCUGGAGGAAAGGGCAGGAGGAAGAAACAACCGUCUUCGACUAUGCCAGUGUAAAGUACAGGCUUUUGCCGCUUUUGGCGCAGGGCACCGCUCUCGUUUUAGUGGGCCAAAGUAUCAAGCAGGCCUUUGAUGAAUACAGCAAGCUGGUCAUUAACACCGGCGAUUUCUCGCAGCUAGAAGAUCUCCACCUUCAGACCGUCGGUGCCAAAGUCUACUCCACGGACAUUACUGCACGAGGGGUUGAGACUUGCAGAAUCGCUUGCGGUGGACAUGGCUACAGCGCUCUGUCAGGAUUCGGUCGCAUGUAUGCCCAUACUGUCAACGCGGUUACCUAUGAAGGAGACAAUUACGUUAUCUCUCAACAGGUGCCACGUGCUAUACUGAAACAUUACAAUGGGAGAACCGAGAGUACCGUCCCAAGCCUUUCCUAUUUGAGUUUUAUACGGGACCCUGAUGCCGCAGGUAUACUCACCGCGGCAUCAGAAUCCGGCUGGUUUAAGCUAGAGAAUCAGCAGUGGGUUCUCGAACGCCGGCUAGCUACAUUAGUCAGGGCGCAUCUAGAUGCUACUGUCUGUGGGAAAGACACCAGCUUCACUGUCCAUGAGCUCACUAUGGCGCAUUGCGAUUUUGUAUACUGGCGCGGUUUUUGGGAUGUUGUUCGCAAAGCUGUCGGGUCUGAAUUCUAUGGCCCAUUGGAAGCCCUGGCUCAUGUGUUCUCCCUCUCCAUCCUCCAAACCGCCUACAAAGACAUCUACUCACCGCACUCUCUUACCGAGCAUCAACGAAAAACCCUUGUAUCCGCUUACGACCAGGCUAUCGAAACUCUCGCAGAGCAUUCAAAGUCCAUCAUAGAGGCAUAUGGCUUUACGGACUUUGAAAUGGAUAGUGCCCUGGCCAGACCGGAUAUGGAUCCGUACGAAGCGCUUUGGCAGGGCGCAAGGCAGAGCGAGAUGAAUAAUUUCAGAGAGAUUUGGCCUUUGAUAGUUGAUGCGAGGAAGAUAUGGGGGCGACUCGAAGGAGAGAAAGCAAAACUGUAG